AAGAAUGCGAAAUUUUCGAAAACCGCCCAAUUUUCGAGAUAUUCGAACAAAACGGACAAUAUCUUCAACAAUAAAAAAUCCGCGAUUUCCACGCGAGAAAUUUUUCCGCCAUUUCGAAAAAAGAAAAACUAAAACGAAAAAUCUAAAUAUUUUCUCACCAGUUUUCCCGUUAUUUCCGCCACAGCGGAAUUUCACACUCCAAGACACACCGGACAAACAGAGCAUAAAAGACUUGCGAUUUCACUUCUCCAGUUUUUAAACAAAAUAAUAAUAAAAAUGAAAUCAUAAAAAAAAACAACGCAAAUUCCUUUUGCGACAUUAAAUUUCACUUGUCAUUUGUCAUUCAUGUCACUUGUCAUUCGUUUCGCUUGCGACUUGUCAUUUUCAUAUGCAUCCAGCUGUACCAAUGUGGAUUAUGAGUGGAAUUAAAUGUAAAUAAAUAACGAAUAAUCGUGAUCAAGGUGUGCUUAAAAUGGCAGGCAUACCGAUCAGGCCGCCAUAUUGGCAUUGUUGUUCAGACGUACCAGUAAAAAUAACAACGAUGCCGCCAUUAUGGGAGUCAAGCUUCAAUUACUACUCGGUUUUCUCCUGCUCGGCCGCACCGCCGCCUUCGCGACCGCCCCCAAGGAGAACUCCACCGCCCCCGAACCGUCCGAAUACACCGAAAAAACUCGCACCGUCCCGCCCAAACCCGACGCCAACACCAACCUGAUCUACCCCGACUACCAGCCGGAGAAGAACCGCUCCCGCGCCGCCGCCGCCGCCGCCGCCGCCCCCAAAGCCAUCGAUCUCGACAAAUUCGCCCCCAACCGCCAGGAGGCCGCCAAGUACCGCCUCACCACGCCCGGCUCGCUCUUCGACUUCGACGAGGCCGAGCAGGCCCUGGAGGCGGACGAGUACCGGCGGUACCGCCCGUCCGGGCGCCGCCCCAACGCCACCAUCGCCUACAGCGAGAAGACCGAGAUAUCGCGGAACCGGACGAGCGGGGACGGCGCCGAAUACAACGAGCUCAAGGUUGAAACCACCCACAACAUCGACUAUCAUUCUCUAUACGAGUUCACCGCCUCCUACGAGGACGACGACGGCGAGACGGUUUCGCCGAGAGGGUUCGGUACCGACGGUACUACCGUCGGUACUGCCGGUACUACCGGUACUACCCUCGGUACCACCCUCGGUACUACCUCGGAGCCCUCCAGGACCACUCUCAAGCCGGUUAUGAGCAACAGAAUCGAAUCGGACACCAUCAAAGCUAUCAACGAGUUAACCACCGAAGUACCGACCACUAGAAAUAUAGUACCGGCCACUACGAAUGUAGUAUCGACCAUUAGGAAUGCAGUACCGACUACUACCGUACCGAUCACCACGACGGAAGAUGCUGAUAGUACUACUACAAUCGAAUCGACUACAGCGACUGAUUUUAGCAGUACUAUCUUAAGUGAAACGACAACAAACCAGCCCGAAACAACGACGACAACAACAGAAGUAAGCGCAGAAACGACAACAGAAGGCGAAAUUGCAACAACAACAUCAGAAGGGGAUACGAGUAGUACCGGUAUAGAAACAGACAGUACUCCCCUCGCCACUAGGGAAGUUCCUAUACAAAGCGAUUCCUAUACAGACAACGACAAUAUCACCACAUUACCCUACUCGACCACUGAAACUUAUACUAGUACCGGUAGUACCGCGGAUGUUACGACUAAACCUGUAGAAAUCAUCGAUUUCACUACCGUUCAACCUACCGAAAGUACUACAUUUCCGGCUGUUUAUAGGAAUCUCUCUGACGGUACAACAGGCAGUAGUACUAAUACUACUAUGUCCGUUUCUACCAGUACUGAAUCUACGGAAUCUACGGACGCCGGUACUUUGGGCGGAAGAGACGAUAACAACAACAAAAUCGCCGCCAUUGUUAUUAGUACCGUCGGUGUGGUGUGUUUGGUACUUUUAGCCGGACUAUUGUACGUCAUGCGAAAGAGGCAACGAAGAUUCAACUACAAGCAACGCUGCAGGCCCGUAGGUCUCGACGAUUACAGCGUCGACAACGUCUCGGGCUUCAAUAGUACCAGGAGGAAGCUGGAGAGGCAGUCCAAAAGGUCCUACGGCAAUCCAGCUUUCGACGAUCCUGUGGCCGUGACGCAUCCCCUCAACUUUCCCGCCCUGGCGAAAUUCGCCGGCAAUCCGGACGAGGUGAAGGCCGAAUUCGAGGAGAUACCCCAGAUAUCGGCGAAGACGCACGAGCUGCCCGAAGGCUGCGAGCCUAAGAACCGCUACGCCAACGUCAUACCGCUGCCUGAGACCAGGGUGUACCUACAACCCAUCGAAGGUUAUCCCAACAGCGAUUACAUCAACGCCAAUUACGUGACGGGUCCAAAGAACACCAAAGGCUACUACAUAGCCUGCCAGGCUCCCAUGUCCAACACCGUCGACGAUUUCUGGCGCAUGGUGUGGGAGCAACAGACCAAAGUCAUCCUGAUGUUGACCCAUCUCUUCGAAAACGGAGUGGAAAAAUGCGUGGACUACCUUCCGCCAUCGGAAGUUCUCGAUUGCAACCGAUUGUUCGGCGACUUCCAAAUCACGCUGAAGAAGCGCGACGUCAAAGACAAGUACAUCAUAUCCAAUCUUCAAUUGAAGAACAUGGUGUCGAACAGCUGGCGAGAGAUCACCCAUUUCUGGUACCUCGGCUGGCCCGAGCGAGGAGUACCGCCCGAGGAGAGCUCCAUCAUAGCCUUCCUGAUCGAGGCCAGGAGCUACAUGAAAUCCGCCACGUUGGACAAGAACGCUUCUGCCAACGGCCAUCCCAACAAGGUAGAGGCCAGCCCGGUGGUGGUGCACUGCAGCCCGGGUACCGGCAGGACGGGAGUACUGAUGGCCUGCGACAUCGCCAUCAGGGAGUUCGAGCAGACCCGGCUGGUGGACGUGCCGAAGAUCGUGUACAGGAUCAGGAGGGAUCGGGCCAGCGCCGUGCAGACCAAGGAACAGUACAUGUUCAUCUACAAGGUUGUCAGCCUGUACGCGACGAAGUUGACAGGUGGCGCGUUGGAAUCGUUUUAGCGAUGAAUUGAUUUUUUUUAUUUUUAUGUUUUAAUCAAAUAAUUAUGUAUUUUUGUGAUAUCUAGUGAAUAUUGAAUGUAUUUUAUUUUGUAUAUUUUUAAUGGAAACAGUACCUAUUUGUAAAUAAGAAAACAGAAUUUCAAAUAAAAAACAAUGUAUAUUUAUAUAUUAUAUACAAAAAGAUACGUUUAUGUAAAGUUAUUUUUUCAAAUGUCUUGUAAAAAUACUGACAGCUCUCUAUUCU